AGAUAACCCGCGACUCGGCACUUCACCCUUCUUCUCUCUGUACACAACAACACAAGCUCCUAUAUUUCACCGUUUUCCUGCAUUUUCUCGCCUACAAGACACUGUUUUCCCUCUAAUUCACUCCCUGUCUCUAUUCCUUCAUGUCAAUUAAGUUGCAGCGUCAUGGCUUCUACCAUUCAAGCUCUUCAAAUCUGUUGGUUUCACGAAAUUCAAUUGGAAACCAUGCUUCAUGCAAAAAAAUGGCUAACUUGGACUUUCUGUUGUCUACUUGGGGCAGUUCGAGGAAGAAAUGUCUUAUAAGGCUUGCUUCAUCAGAUAAUGGAAACCAUUAUCUUAAUUUCAGGCUGGGAAGUUAUAGGAAACAUUAUGCUACCUUCAGUAAAUCAAGAAGGAAGGGACAUCGUUCCCUCCUUGCAUCCACUGAAGAUGGUAUUACUGUCAAUGGCAGCCUUCAAGGUAGUACAAGUUCUGAAUUAGAGGAGAUGCGGGUCAAACUAAAACAGUCAUGGCAAGGCGAGGAUUACAGCUAUGGACUUGUUCAGUCUUUACAUGAUGCAGCCAGGAUUUUUGAGGUAUCAAUUAGAGAAAAAGUUUCAAUUUCAAAACUAUCUUGGUUUCCAACAGCUUGGCUUGGAGUAGACAGGAAUGUGUGGUUGAAGACACUAUCUUAUCAGGCCGCUGUGUAUUCAUUGUUGCAAGCUGCAACUGAGAUUUCCUCCAGGGGUAAUGGUAGAGACAGGGAUAUAAAUGUCUUUGUCCAGAGGAGCUUAUUGAGGCUGGCUGCUCCCCUUGAGAGCUUAAUCAGGGAGAAAUUAUCAGCCAAACAACCUGAAGCUUAUGAUUGGCUUUUGUCUCAGCAAGUUCCUGUGCUUGUGUCAUCCUUUGUUAAUUAUUUUGAGGAGGGACCAUGGUUUACUGCCGCCACUUCCAUGUAUGGCAAGGGAACAUCCUUGGGUGCAGGGAGUGCAAGAGAUAUAUCACUUCUCAUGCUUGCACUGACUUGCAUUGCUGCAAUCAAAAAACUUGGCCCAGCUAAAAUUUCUUGCUUGCAUUUCUUUUCCACAAUUCCUGACAUUACUGGUCAAUUGAUGGAUAUGCUGGCUGAUUUUGUUCCUUUACGUCAAGCUUAUCAUUCUAUAAAAGAUAUUGGUCUAAGAAGAGAAUUCCUUGUUCAUUUUGGCCCUCGAGCUGGGGAAUGUAGAGUAAAAGAUGACCAUGGUUCUGAGGAGGUUAGUUUUUGGGUGAAUCUUGUACAGAAGCAACUGCAGCAAGCUAUAGAUAGAGAGAAAAUAUGGUCAAGGCUAACAACCUCCGAAAGCAUUGAGGUAUUGGACAGGGAUUUGGCAAUUUUUGGAUUUUUUAUUGCCUUAGGGAGAAGUACACAGUCUUUUCUAUCUGCAAAUGGAUUUGAAGUUUUAGAUGAGCCAAUUGAAUCCUUCAUUAGGUAUCUAAUAGGGGGCAGUGUGUUAUGUUAUCCUCAACUGUCAUCAAUAAGUUCUUAUCAAUUGUAUGUAGAGGUUGUUUGUGAAGAGCUUGAUUGGCUCCCCUUCUAUCCAGGCAACAAUGACAUCCCAAAACAGUCCCAUAGUCAUAGAAGCAAACGAGAAGGUCCUCCUAAUGCUGAAGCUAUCUCUGAAGUACUAGAUGUUUGUUCUCAUUGGAUGCAGAGCUUUAUAAAAUACAGUAAAUGGUUGGAAAAUCCUUCUAAUGUUAAGGCCACAAGAUUCUUGUCUAGGGGGCACAAUAAGUUAGUGGAGUGCAUGGAAGAACUAAGGAUAUCGAAGAGUGGACGUCAAACUAUAUAUGUUGAGAGGACUGGAUCUGCAAUUGACAAGGACUCUGAUUCUUUUGAUAAGGCCUUAGAGAGUGUAGAAGAGGCCCUAAAUAGACUGGAGAAUUUGCUUCAAGAGUUGCAUGUUUCAAGUUCUUACUCUGGAAAAGAGAAAAUAAAAGCUGCUUGUUCUGACCUUGAGAAAAUAAGGAAGCUGAAGAAAGAGGCUGAAUUUCUGGAAGCAUCCUUCAGAGCAAAAGCAGCAUCGCUUCGACAGGAUGAUGAUGAUGAUGAUGUUGAUGAUGGUAGUUCCAAGUCCUCUACCAGUGACUGGCAACAAUACUUGAAGGGAAGAAAGAGAAAGAGUGCUAAUAUGACGCUUGAUGGAAGCAACAGAUCCAUGAACAAAUCUCGUGGAUUUUGGAGUUACUUAGCACGCGUUCCAGUCACAAGUUCUAAUGCUGAGUUAUCAGCUGUGGAGAAAUCUGGAAAUGAAGUUGUUCAGCAGAAUACUUCAAAUACAGGUGCUGUGGGCACAGAACCAAAUGAAAUAUACCGUUUCAAACAGUUAAGGGAUGAGCUAAUGGAACUUGAAAGAUGUGUUAGAAGAAGUGCUGAUCAAUCAGAAAAUGAAGAGGAGAUAAAGAUUACAAAUGAUUUCCCUCAUUCUAGUAAUGACCUGGGACGUCCUCAAUUGCUUCAGCUUCAGAAGAAAGAAAAUAUUAUAGGGAAGUCAUUAGACAAGCUAAAAAAAACAAGCACGGAUGUCUUGCAAGGAACUCAGCUUCUAGCUAUAGAUGUUGCUGCAGCCAUGGGGUUGCUUAGAAGGGUCCUGAUAGGAGAUGAAUUAACAGAGAAAGAAAAGAAAGCCCUCCAAAGAACUCUGACUGACUUGGCAUCAGUUGUUCCCAUUGGAGUUCUAAUGCUUCUUCCUGUUACUGCUGUUGGACAUGCAGCAAUUCUGGCUGCUAUUCAGAGAUAUGUCCCUUCUUUGAUACCGUCAACAUAUGGACCAGAAAGGUUAGAUCUCUUGAGGCAGCUUGAGAAGGUUAAGCAAAUGGAAAGCAGUGAAACAGACCCUGAAGAAAACAUUAUGGAAGUAGUCUGAAUAGUGGUCCAAGAUCAUGUAACACCCUCUAAUGUUGGAGUUUUCACUUAAGAUGGGGUAAUGUAUAGUUUUCUCUUCAUCUUUUGCCCUCUCUUUUUUGGUGCAUUACUUGGUUCUGAAUUCCAUCUUUAGUAAGUGAGAAUAAAGAAGUUCAUUCCAUGUGUCUGGUACUCCGGGUAGGCACCAAUGGCUGCAGUCUUGAGGAGCGUCUGCAGGAGUGCCUGGCUCGCGAUAACGUGAAGGAUGACCAUCCUUCCUGAAUUCUGUCAGAUAUGUGAUGUUUAAGAACUGUACCUUCCUAUUACUGUAUUUCAUCUCUUUUAUUACAUCAGAAAUAUACUGAUUAGUCAAAGGAUCAGUUUCCAGCUUUGUGUAGUUUCUCUCUGGUUCAGUAUCUGCAUCACAGAGGCCUCCUUCAUUCCAUGAGCCGUUCCUGCAAUUUACACGGCAGAACCAGGAUUCAUCAUACAAUAUUACAUUGUCAAGUUAUCCCAUUUUUAUCAAAUGGGAGGUGCGAUCUAACCUUAAGACACUAUUGAACUGACUUGCCUGUAAUGUACUGGGGAAUAACUUCGGAAGAAAACAUGACUCUUUCCUGGAUUUAAAUUCUGUAUUGCCCAUGACUUCCAUGUCUGU